AUGUCUUCUCUGGCCUUCUCUCGGCCUCUGCGCUACUGUCUCUUCCUCUCACGACUCUUGACUCUAUCAUGUUGCCCACCUCGUCUCCGCUAUAGGACAGCCCGGUUCACACAUCCUCGUCAGACCAAGACUUUGUCCAGAAAAUCGCUCCCCCAGCAAGCUCACUCGAGCGUCUGCUCGGUGGUAAAGUGGGGGCGCCGACACAGCGGCGCCGUUGAAGAGCAAAUACAGUGGAUGGGAUUGGGCUCGUUAAACAGGCGACCCAGCGAUGAUGUCGGUAUUGACGAUAGUGGGAAGAAUUGUCAGGAUUCAAAAAUGAAAAACACCAACAUGGGGGGAGGGGCAGCCGACUUAUAUGAUGCCGUCCCUCCUAAGCCUCCUCUCCUCUGUGCCGAGAGCUAUUCCUACCACAGCCGAUGCUUCGGGGCGCUCGACGGGAACAUGCGGGACGGCCUGGCCCUUGGAGACCAUUGA